AUGAGUGAAGAAAAAAGAGAUAUUAAAAAGUUAGGAAUGGGUCAUAAUUCUCAUUCUUUUAAAAAUAUAAAUAAAAUACAGGAAAAAAAUAAGAUAAUUAAAGAUAUAUGUCAUAGUAAAUUAUUAAAUGAUAUAAAUGAAGAAAAAAAAAAUAGUUGUAAAAAUUUAUUACAAACAAAUUCUGAACUAUCCAAAAAUUUGAAUUUAGAAUGUUUAAGUCAUAAAUAUAGCGAAAUAAAUUUAUUAUAUUGCGAUAAUAAAUACAUCAAUAAUUACUUAAAUGAAAAUAGAAAUCCACAAAAUAGAUACGAUAUUCUAAAAAAGCAUUUAAAUAAGAUUAUUUUUACAAAAAACAAGAAAAAAAUAAUCAAAAAAAACGGAAAUAUGUUUAAUUUAUAUAAAAAUAACCAUGAAUUAGAUAGUGAUAAAAAUAAUAUGCAAAUGUCUUUAGCAUACGAAAAUGAAAUGACAUUAUUAAAUAACUAUAAUCAUAAUUCUAUAGCCGAUAAUAAUUUUUCUUCAAAUUUUAAAAUGUCUUCCUCUUUAAAUGAAGAAGAUAUUCAAAAGCGUAAUAUAUAUGAAGAGAACAAUAAUACAGACAAAGAAUACUUUCAUAAUUCUAAAUGUUUUUCCAAUGAUAAUCAUAUAAAAAAAAUAAUCUAUGGAGAUAUUCCAGAAAAUAUUUCACUGAAUACAUUCAGUGAAAAAAGAAUAAAUAGUUCUUUAAAAAAUAGUAACUUAAUUAAUUAUAAUAAUUUUAAGAAUAAAAUAGAGAUUGAAGAACAUAGAAAUAGUAAAAAAAAUGUAAAAUUUAAUGAAUGCAUGGAUAACAAGGAUAGAACUACUAGCUGUAAACCAUUUUAUUCUAUUAUUUAUAAUAAUAAUAGAAAUAAUUUUUAUAACAAUGUAAAUUAUCAAAAAGAUGAAGAUUUAAAAUUUAAUGAUGGUAAUAUAAGUGAAAAUGAUGUACACAAGUCAAGUUCAAGUAAAUUAAAUUUACAUGAAAAUAUUAAAUUCAUUGAUUAUUCUCUUCAUUUAGAUAAAAGUCCCAUUUUAAAUUAUAUAAAUAAUAAAGAAAGUAAGCAAUCAUAUUAUACCAAUUCAUUUGAAAACAAUGUAAGUAACAAUAAAUUAACAGACAUUAAAAAGUUUUUAAAAAGUAAAGAAGAAUUAUAUAAUGAAACAAUUUCAUCUUACUCGGAUACAUAUAAUAAUAAUACAAAUUCUUUAGAUAAUUGUAAUAUAAAAUAUGAAAACUUAAUAAAUUUCUAUAAUUCUUCAGCAGUUGCAAGAUUUAAAGAUUCAAUUAGCAAUAAUUAUAGAAAUGAUUCAUCAAUAAGCUCUCAAGAAUUUGAUUUAGAUUAUAUGAAUAGUAUGAAUAUUAAUUCAAAUUCAUUGGAAGAAUCCAAGUAUGAUUCUAAAUUGAUAAAUGAAAAUAAUAAAAAUUUCACCAAUUCAAAAAAACUUUAUGAAUUUUCCAAAUAUGUGCACAAUAAUAUUUCAAAUGAAAAUUUAAAUAAUGUUAAUUUACAUAAAGAUAAAAAUAUGUAUAAAAAAGAAAAAUUAUAUAAUAAAGCCUAUUCAUCAAGUUUUCAAAACAUAUGUGAAAAUGUUGAUUUAGAUAAAAAAAAAGGAAAAAAAAAAAGGGUUUUUGCAAAUGAUUACAACAUGAAAAAACUAUAUAAAAAAAAAAAGCAAAAAGCAGAAAUUAAAACAGAAGAAAAGAGUGAAGAACAAAAUAUUAAAGAAAAUUUUAGUGAUGAAAAAAAUAUUAUAGGAAGAAAAAAUGAAAUGCAAUCUGAUAUUGAAGAAAAAGAUUCAUUCAAUCAAAAAAACUCUCAGAAUACUGAAAGGAAAAAAAAUACAAGAGUAAAAUGUCUAAUUGAAUUUGAUGAAAUUACUAAUUCCUGGAAAGUAUUUUGGAAAUACGGAAAAAUUGUCGUUAAAAAAUCAUAUAGUAAGGAAGAAUAUGGUGAUAAUUCUAGAUAUAAAGCUCUAAAUGAUCUUGAAAAACUUCAGAGUAUUUAUGAUGAUAUAUUAAAAAAUAAUACAAGUCUUACUGAGGAACAUAAAUAUUUAUUAAUUCAAAAUAAAAUUUACGAACAUUUUGGAGAAAAGUAUUAUUUUCCUAAAAAUGAAGAAAAAGAAAGAAAUAAAAGAAAAAAAAAAGACAUUUUUGAUAGGAAUAAUGAAAAAUUAGAUAAUAUAGAAGAAGAAAGAAAAAAAAAAGAGGAGAAAGAUGAAGAAGAAGAUGAAGAUAAAAAGGGAGAGAAUGAAAAAGGAGAGGAAGAAGAGUAUAAAAAAGAAGAAGAGGGAAAAAAAAAAAAAAAAAAGGAAGAAAGAGAAGAUAAUAUUGAAAGUGAUAGUGAAGACCAGACAGAAAUUAAAAACAAAAAAAGAAAAUAUAAUAAAAUUAAGAAUUUUAUAUUAAUUGAUCAAAAUAAAAUUACGGAAAAAGAUAGAGAAAAAUACCAAAAUGAGGAUGAUCAAAUGAAUGAGAAAGAAGAGAAUGAUAAAAGUAAGAAGGAAUAUGAAAGCAAAACCCUUGUAAAUUUGGCACAUUAUGAAAAAGAGUUAAAAAGAUUGAAAAAAGAAGAAAAAAAAAGAAUUGUUGAAAAAAAAAGAGAAAAGAAAAUGAAAGAAAUAUAUGAAAGAAGGCAAAAAAAACUAAAAAGAGAGGAAGAAAAAAGAAAGAAAAUUUUGUUGAAAGAACAAAAAAAAAAGUUAAGAGAAGAAAAAAAAAAAAUGAAGGAAGAAGAAAGAUUAAGAAAAAUAGAAGAAAAGAAGAAAUUAAAGAAAUUAAAACAACUAAAACCAAUUAUAGAAAAAAUAAAAAAAUAUCAAAGUUCAAUAAAAAGCAAAUUUAAUAAAGAAGCAUUCCAUUUUAUAAAAAAUGAAGAAAUAUUCAUAAACGAAAAUAAAGAAUAUCUUGAUUAUUUAAAUUCUUUAGAAAAAUCGUCAGAAAAUAUUUUUAAUCUUAUCAAAGAAUCUGUAGAAGAAAAACCAUUAACUAAGAGAGAAAGAGUUAUAGAAAUGAUAAAAAAAAAUAAAAAUGUGCAUAUUAAUACUAAUAUAUAUCUUGAUAUAAAUUCUGAAGAAGAUACAGAAAAUUCUAACAAUAAAGGCAAUUGGAUAGUUUCCUGGGUAUAUUAUGGAAGAACAUAUAGAAAGAAGUUUUCCAUUAAUGAAUUUGGUUUUAAAAAAGCAAAAGAAUUAGCAGAAAAUUAUAAAAAUGAGAGAGUAAAUUGUAUACUAAAUAAUUUUUCAAAAUAUAAUAAUUUUAAAGAAAUAAUUCAAAAUAAAAGAAAUCAAAUAAAUAAUAUUGAAAAGGAUAUUGCUGAAUCACAAGAAUUAAUGAAAAAUGCUGAAAAAAAAAAUUAUGAAUCUUCUCCAAAACACGAAUUUAAUAUUAAAAGAGAAAAUGAUGAAAAAAAAAAUAUAUGCUAUAAUUUCUCAUAUUCAAAAUUGAACUUGGAAUCUAAAGAUUGUCAAGUUUUUAAUUCUAUUAAUAUGAUUGAUUUUUAUAAUCAUAUAUUAAAAAAUCCAUUAUUUGAUCAAUAUUUCAAAAAUAAAAUUAUAUGGGUAAAUAAACUAAGUUGCUGGAAAAUAGAAAUUUUGAGAAAACAAAAUAAUAAAUAUAAAAAAGAAAAAAAAUAUUAUUCAGAACAAAAAUAUGGAUAUAUUAUAGCUAAAUAUAUAGCUAUUUGUGAUUAUUUAAAUACAGAACAUAAUAUUUUAAAUGAUUAUUUUGAUACUAAAGUACCUAAUUUACAAUAUGAUAAUAAAAAAAAUGCAUGGAAAAUAUCAAGAUAUGUUCCUCAUCAAUUAAAUAAAAAAAAUUAUUAUUUUGAUAUCAACAUAUAUGGAUGGCUCAAUUCAAGAAAACUAGCUUUGGUACUAGCCAUAGAUCUAAAUGAAAACAAAACAUUUAUGUAUGAAGAUUUUUAUAAAAGGAGUUCAUCAGAACACAAAAAUUUAAUUUAUCAAAAUAUUUUUUUAAAUAAGAAUUAUAAUAAAAGUAACUCUAUUGAAUAUUAUGAUAUAGAAAAUAAUAAGAAUAUAAAAGUUUGCAACAAAAAUGAAUAUAAUAUGAAUUCUUUUGACACUAAGUCUCGUAGCAAUUCAAACAAUAGUAGUAACUAUUUAGACACGCAUAAUGAGAAUAGUACUAAAAAUUAUAAGAAAGAAGAAAAAGAAGAUAGCCUUCAUAUAAAUAAUAUACAUACUAAUAAAAACAUUAAUAUAAAUAGCAAUAAUUACAGUAAUACUUCUGAUAAUAAUAAUAAUAAUAUUCCUAAGAAAAGUACCAAUUAUAAAAAAAUAUAUGAUGAAAAAAAUAAACUUUUAAUUCAAAAUGAUCAUAACUACAGUGAUGACAAUCAAAAUGAUAUGAAGCAAAAUAAUAAAAAUCAAAAUUAUAUAAAAGUGGAUUCAUAUAAUCUAUAUGAAAAUAAAUGUAUGAAUAGUAAUGAUAAAAUUAUGUGUAAUAAUGAUAAUUGUAAAUGCAAUAAUAGCACACUUAGUAUGUCUAAUAAUACAGUUAACAAUAUAAUAGGUAAAUACAAAAAUAUAAUUAUUAAAGAUUCAAAUAUAACAAAUAAAGAUAAUAAUUAUAACAAUAUGGAUAAUUCAUGUGAUGAAGUAACUUAUAAUAAUAACUUUAACCAAGAUACAAGAAAAGAUAUGGCAAAUGAUUUUUAUCGAAAAUUAGGAAAUGAUGAGAAAGAUAAAAAAGAAGAAAAAAAAAAUUUUCCCAAAACGGUAGAUGAUUCCUGUGAAUCUUUUAUUAAUUUAAAAAUUAAAGAAUCACUGAAAAAAAAUAUCAAAAAGAAUUAUAGUGAACAUGAUAUAGAAAAAAAAAAAAAUAAAAUAAAUAAAAGUUUUUAUACAUAUAAUGAAAAUAUAUUAAAUGAUAAUGUCUUAAAUAAAUAUAGCAAUUCUCCAAAUGAGUUAAAAAAUAUUUAUAUGCAUAAUUCAUAUAUCAAUUUGAAAAAGUUAUAUGAAGAUGUAUAUAAUGAGAAAUAUUUUCAAUUAAAACAAAUGUAUUUAUGUAAUGAUAAUGAUUUAGUAAAUUUUUUAUCUAGUGAAGAAGAUAAAGAACUUUUUUUAAAAGAAAAUAUAAAUAUAGAAAUGGAUGAUGAACCUUUUUUAAUUAAGAUUUUAGAAGAUUAUUAUUAUUCUAACUUUUCCAGAAAAGCUUAUAAAAUCAAAAAAAGGUUUGGAAAAUGA